AUGUCGGCUCCCCCUCGCGCAAAUUCUACUUCCCCAUCAGCGUCCUCACCAACGAUUCCGCGACUGGUGGAGAACCGCAACUAUACGCGCUUUGCGGACGUCGGCUUCGGCAACCGGCUGGCCGACGCGCGCAACCUCGUACAUACGCAGACACCCUCCAUUCCCCUUCGUCCAGAACACACAACCGCUGUAGGAUCAAUUGCGUCUGAAGUCGCCAACUCGAUUCGACGGGCUGCCUUGAUCCCGCCUGGUGCGCCAAAACAUGGAUGGGAGAAGGGAUCAUACCGGUCACCCUUCGACUAUCAUAUCCCUGGCCAUACCGUAGGUGGCAGAGACACGCCUUCUAGUAGAUCACAUUCGCAUGCUACUCUUUCGGGGCUCUCUUCAUCUUCACCUCUCAACAGCAUGACGCCAGCCUACACUUCGACGUCUCCUGCGGCGCAGCCAUACGAGAUAUUCGAUCCACCUUGCCGUACGGUUACUCCUGGUCCUGAUGCAAGGGAACGUCUUGUUCUCAUUGCACCCCUCCGCAUAAUUCGCGGAGCAGGAGUCCACCUUUGUGAGGAUGACCGGGAGAAACUGUAUUGUUUCAUCGACGGUUACAUGGCCGACUCGUUACACACUGUUGUCGAACGUGAUGGCAUCCUUCCCAAUAUCAUUUACAAGGUCAGCAUUCCCAUGACAGACACCGCUUGGGUCAGCUACAACCAAGUUCUCGCUGCAUUUGGGUUCGCGAAUGGUGUGAAUGAGAUGCUCAUUUCGGGCUCCGACAAAUUCGACAAGUACACAUAUAUCAUCGAUGAUGUGAGCGCAGAGCACGAACAAGGUUGGAAGGUACUAGCGAGUUCAAGUGAGAGAAACCUCGACAUGACAAGACUUUCGCAAGAGCUGGUGCAGAUCUGGAAGGAUGUAUGGAUCGAGAAUGGAUCUGGCUAUGUCGGCGUGACGAAGGAUUUUGUACGAUAA